CCAGGAUCACCUGUCACCUCCCAAGGCCCCAAUCGGACCAUGCAGCCACUUCCGGAAGACCUUCAGACCGUGCUUCUGUCCGACACCAACAUCCAUCUGAACCUAGGGCCGGUCAAAGAGGGUGGAGCCACUGACCUCACGCUGAGUAACUCGACAUCAGUCAGCCAAGAGAACAACGAGAUCGGCCUGAUUCAGAACGACCACGCCAACGCCGACCCCUCCCCCGCCAACCCCUCCGACGGUGAAGAGAAAACCCAGCGCGACCAGCGCAACCGCAGCCAGUCCAAGAGUAAGCCCGAGAAAGAUAAGACCGAGGUAGAAGGGGUUAAUAAAGCAGAAAGUAUACAAGGAGCAGGCAACGAGGGGCUAGGCCACGUGAAAGCCGAAGAGAUGCUUAACGGACUUUUAAACCCGGUAGAGGGCGGAGCGGAGGAAGGUAACUCUGUGAAUGCCAGGCAGCGACUAGGCGCCGGAAGGAGGACAAGAGGACGAGGAUCAGGAAGAGUUGGGAAGAGAAUCUUUGGAGUCCGAUGUGUUUCAAUGGUACGCAGGCGAGUGGAGACCGUGCUCGAGCCCCUGUGGCGGUGGCGUGCAGACCAGACGGUGUCCUGUCUGAGGGUCUCCACAGGAGCGCGCAUGGACAGCGACUUCUGCAGCAUCAUGGGCAAGCCCAACGCCAUCCAGGAGUGCAGCCCGCACAACUGCAGCGACUGGGAGGUCACGGAGUGGAGCCAGUGUUCUGCGCUGUGUGGGUACGCAACCAGAGUGCGUAACGUGACGUGUCCCGAGAAAGAUCUGUGUGACCCCAGGGUCAAACCCCAGGAAGUGGAUAUAUGUCAGCUGGAACCAUGCACCGCAUGGGUCACUGGAGGCUGGAGCAAGUGCUCGAAGACAUGCGAUGGCGGGAGUCAAGAACGGUUAGUGCAGUGUGUGAACAUGACGUCACAGCAGGCGUCCAUGGAGUGUGACGAGAAGGUGAAACCAGAGGAACGACAGGGCUGCAACAUGGACGAGUGUCCAAAACUGGAUAAUGCGUUUUCAGUCACCUGCGAGUCCAACGAGAUGAGCUUCAAAGUGUGCCGGAUGUUACGCAAGCUGGGUCUCUGUCAAAAGGAUUACGUGCAAGCCAAGUGUUGUCGCACAUGCGCAGACCACAGCCGCCAGGCACCGGAAAUACGUAAGGCCAGUCGCAGAUGACGCUACUUCCGCUGAAGUGACAAAUGCAGUGUUUCUCUCCCCUUGUGAUAUUUGUGCUCAAUGAGGUAUUAGAGUGAAGACUGGCGAGGGUCAGGAGUGAGCGCAGUUCAGUGAGAAACAGCUUACAGUCAGUCAUGCGUCAUGCAACGACUAAUACAUAGAAAAUAAUUUUAAAAAAAAAUCACCGUGGGGGAGUUUCACAGAUUGGUGCAAGGGUGUUAUCGUGCUUUUGCACAUAAUGGCGGGAUUCAUUUUUAUUCCAGGAACAUUCACAUACUUUCUUGCAAGAAAUAAAGACCAGCUACCAGGCGGGAACAGAAGUGCAAUUGAAAGUGACAAAAAUACCGUUAGGAGACGUCACACUCUUAUGUAAACGAGAUAUUUCAGUAUGUUAUACGUGUGUAUGUGUGUGUGUGAGCAUUGGUAUGUGUAUACUUGAGAUUUCCGAACAUGAUGAUAGACAACACAGGAAGAAAGUUAAACUUGUUUUCAAAUGAGAUUGCAGACACUGGCGAUGUGGAAAAACAACCAUCAAAAGAUGAUGAAGACCAUAAUCUUUUCAUCUGGACAGAUAAAAAAAGAAAACAUUUCUAUCUCCAGCAACGUCGAUGUGUGUGUUUUGUCCUUCCUUCGUACUUCCACACUGACCCUUGCACUCUGAGAACACGAGCGCCUACAGUUGUGCCUGACUGGUUUGUUUGUCUGUCGCCAUUGGCAGACUUCACGAACUCGGACUUUACAAACAAGAAGUAGAGACGCUUCACUCCGCUAACACUUGGUAACAUUGGGCGAGCUGGCUGAUGGAAGCAAGCUGGCUUAACAAGCUGACCAUUGGCUCGCCACAGACAUUAACCCCAAGAGUACUUAGUAGUAACUGGUUUGCGGUUAAUUAAGAUUUUGCAGAGUUUGUGGGAGACGACGCAACAGUUUGCUCAUUGGCUUAAUGCCUUUGUUUUUUUUUUUUUUCAAACCUUCACACUGUUAACUUAAAAGUAUUGUUUCCAGGCAGUGUGAACUGGAUUUUUUUCAUUCAAACCACCCGCAGAUGAGCUAGUCUUCAGGUGGCAGUCACAAAGCUGGCCACGUGACCCUGCGAGUGUAAUAACUUUGACCCGUUUGUGCAUAAUGAGGCUUGUAGUUGUGUUUUCACGUCUGCGUGCUCAGGUGUAUGUUCCCCUACCCCAUGUGUGGUGUGGGCAUGGCCAGGUCAGUGGCGACAUGGAAAGCAAACACACUUUGGUGCCUUAGACAUCAACGAGCAAGUUGUAUCGAGAGCAUCGGGAUAGUUUCUAAAGUUUGCCAUGGCCAUGAUCGUCCUGCAGGUGUCCAUCGUCUUCCCGUGGUGACAAGAAGCUGGGUGUCAGACUCGGAUACCUUGCGGUGGAUUCUGCACCCGUCUUGGAGGAAGGGUGGAUGAAGUAUCGACUGAUGGAAACCGCUGCCUUUGUGACUUGCUAACGUACAUAAUUUUGGCUGGGGAAUUGUUGCGAACAUUCGUUUUAAUGAGACCAAAAUAAACUGAGGUUAGUUAUUUUAGACGACUGCAAGUUUGGAGAAGCAGUUUUUUUUAUUUCUGAGAAGUCUUCUUUGAGCUUCUCUUACCCCACCCCUGCCUGUCUUUCUUACCUCUCCUUCCUCCCCUACGUCUAUUCUCAUGUUGUUGUUUUUCUUUUUUGUUUUGGCAACCUUCAAACGAAACAUGUCCAGAGCUGUAUGUAUUCUUCAACCGUCUACCGCUCAGCCGUAACCAGCAGACGUUUGCUGUAUGUACCUGGAGUCUGAUGAUAUUUGUAUAUAUGUAUGCGUUUCACCUAAAGUUUUAUUUGUUUAUGGCACUCAUAUAUAUAUAACUUAGAGCAGUGUGCAUGUAUUGACAUAAACUGUAAUCUUUGUG